GAAGAGAGAGGCUGCAUCGGCGAUUUUGCGGCAGAUUACCUCGACGUACAGACGCAGGACGGUUGAUGGCUCCACAUGAGCAUCUCCAUAACAAAUUAAAAGGAUAGUCCCAUCUUAUCAUCCUCUGACGCUGAUAGAACACAGCAAUGCCUAGAAAAAUAAGAGGGAUGAGCAGAAUCGGGUGACAACUAAAUCAAAAGAGGAUAUAUAACAGCUGAUCCUUCCGUUUUCUCAAAAAUAUAUAAAGAAAUAAAAGAAAAAUCCCUCUUACUCAAGUGUUAUUAGAUAAUGGCAUCGUGUGGAAUGUUAGUGAAAAUCGUUUUUAUGAUAACGACGUUACGUUAUGUGAUGUGUUUAGGGCGAAGUAAUCCUUCUUCCGAUUCUAAACACGAUCCUCUACUAAUAAGGACUACUAAAGGAUACGUAAGAGGUAUAACACAACGUGCAGCCACAGGAAAAAAGGUAGAUGCUUUUUUUGGAAUUCCGUAUGCCAAACCACCGACUGGAAAGUAUAGAUUCCGUCAUCCAAUUCCAGUUGACAAGUGGGAUGGGAUUUUUAACGCAACAGAGAAGCCUCAUUCUUGUUUCCAGAUAACCGACACGUUCUUCGACGAUUUCAAAGGUGCUACCAUCUGGAAUCCCAACACCCCUCUUAACGAAGAUUGCCUGCGUAUCAACGUGUGGGUGCCACACAGAAGACCUAAGAAACCGGCUGCCGUUCUUGUUUGGAUCUAUGGUGGAGGAUUUUAUAGUGGUACCUCGACUCUAGAAGUCUACGACCCAAAAAUAUUGGUCACGGAACAAGAUAUCGUCUUCGUAUCCAUGAACUAUCGCAUUGCGUGCCUUGGUUUUCUAUAUUUCGAUCGACCGGACUCUCCCGGGAAUGCGGGACUGUUUGACCAAUUGAUGGCACUGGAAUGGGUCCGAGAUAACAUCGCAUAUUUCGGUGGUAACCCGCACAACAUCACGCUAUUCGGUGAGAGCGCCGGUGCCGUAAGUGUCAGUCUUCAUUUAUUAUCCCCUCUGAGCAGGAAUUUGUUUAGUCAGGCCAUAAUGCAAAGCGGAGGAGCCACGGCCCCGUGGGCAAUCCUCGACCGCGAAGAGAGCAUAAAAAGGGGUCUUCGAUUAGCGGAAGCGGUCAGUUGUCCGCACAGUCGAGACGAUUUGGGCGCCGUGGUGGCGUGUUUACGAACUAAGGACCCACUCGAACUGGUCACGAACGAGUGGGGCAAUUUGGGGGUGGCAGAAUUUCCCUUCGUUCCUGUAAUCGACGGUUCCUUCAUCGACGAGAAACCUGAAAUAUCCCUUCGCAAUAAGAAUUUCAAGAAGACAAAGAUUUUAAUGGGUACCAACCUGAACGAGGGGAUGUAUUUCAUUAUAUAUUACCUCACCGAACUAUUUAAACUGCACGAGGACGUUUACCUGACACGUGAAGAUUUCAUAAAGUCGGUCAAAGAACUGAACCCGUACGUUGGAGAAAUUGGCCAGGAGGCUAUUAUAUUCGAAUACACGGACUGGUUGAAUCCUGAUGACCCUAUAAAGAAUAGGGAUGCGGUCGACAAGAUAGUAGGGGAUUACCACUUCACCUGCAGUGUCACCGAAUUCGCUCACAGGUAUGCAGAAACGGGUAACGAAGUGUACAUGUAUUAUUUCACUCACCGUUAUUCAGUGAACCCGUGGCCAACAUGGAUGGGAGUUUUGCACGGUGACGAGAUCAAUUUCAUUUUCGGAGAACCCCUCAAUCCAACUCUAGGCUAUACGCCCGAGGAAGCGGAACUCAGCAGAAGGAUAAUGAGAUAUUGGUCCAAUUUCGCUAAAACUGGGAACCCAAGUAGAGGACCAGGAGGUGAAUGGGAGCCCAUCUAUUGGCCCGUCCACACUCCAUACGCAAAGGAGUAUCUAACUUUGGCAGUUAAUUCGAGCAUCAUCGGUCGUGGACCUCGUGCCAAGCAAUGUGCCUUUUGGAAAGAGUACCUACCUCAGUUGGUCAAAGUAACAGGUGAUCUUUCACGCGAUUUUCUUCCUUAUAAAACUCUAGAAAUUAUUCUAAACGAUAAUAAAAUAUGUUUCUUAUUAAUACUAUAAAAAAAUUUUUUUCCGUCCCAUGGGUCUUUUUUAGUAAGCCCUUUACGGAUUCGACCAUGCCCAUAAUGGAGCAGCAGAGGGAUGGGCUAAAUUAAUACUAAUAAUAUUUAUAUACAUAUAAUAUUAAAUGCCGGAAUUAAUUUUUUUUUAAAUAUUCUAAAUGCAAGAUGUGAAAUAAAAGAUACGAAUAAUUAUAACUUUAAACAAAUUGUCAUUAAUUAAGCCCUUAAAUCAUUUCAAUUUGAUGGCCGUAAUCCUACCGCUCUGAUGGAUACGAGAUCGAAAUUUUUCGGGGGUGGUAUACCGGGCCCGGCCCCUCAUCACACGGCCGACAUAUUGUGCCUGGCUGAACCCGCAGGGCCCAAAAAAGGUUCUCUUAAUGCGGAAAGAGUAAAAAAACGAGCCAUUAUUUAUUGUGCCAUCGUGACAAUGCCGGGCUGCGAUUUUUGUCACAAUGCUCUCAAUUUUAGUAGUGUUUUGCUCCUGUAUAUCAUACUUCUCCUGUUAACAACGGAGUCGCGCCGGUCAUUCAUCGGUUCAGGAGAUUAUAUCUGAAUUGAAAUAACGUGGCUUUCGGAAGUUCGUAUAUAGUUAAUCGGGCAUCCUGUCCCAUAAACUUUCUAUAUCUGGCCUGGACUUUCAUAUAUUUAACUCCAUUCUCAAGAUUAAGGAAAGACAAACAGUGGGAAUUUGUAGGUCUAAAAUUUUUUAAACUUGCAGCUCAGUUAAAUGUUUAGAAGGGGCAAAUCGAUUUAUUUACAUACACCCGCGUUUAUUGCUGUUAGAGAUUAAAGAAUAAAAUAAAUAAGAAUGUUACAUUUUAUUGCAUGUAAAUUAUAAAAUAACAAAAAAACAGAUGAAUUAGUUACACGUGAUGAUCCUGAUGACCUUAUCAAUAGAAGAACAACUGAAACUGAUACUGUUCUCCUGAAGUAACAUUAUAUUUAACAACGUACAGAAGCAGCCAAUUUCACAGAUUGUCAAACGUAUACACGUCUUUAUCUAAUUUACAAAAUUCGGAAGAGAAUACAAGAAACUUUAUAUAUUCUGGAUACAGAUUGAAUUUAUUAUUCAACCUUCGCAGAUUCUACCAGAUGUGCACAAACUUCUGCAAACGUAAACAAAAAUUUUUUAUAUUUUUUAUUUUGCAUUAUAUAAGACUUUUACGUAAAAACAGGAAAUUAUCGAAAAAAAGCCAAAAAA